AUGCCUGGUCUCUGUCAGGUGGAUGCUUCAUUUUGUUCCACGGACCGACCCAAUUCUGGCCAAAGUUGCUCUAACUGGAAAGAGCAAUUUCGAGAGUCCGAGGCGCACUUUCACAUGCCAUCAGGUUCCUCACCAUCUCAUCUUCCACAGUUUAACCGCCCAACAAGUGGUUCCAAUCCCUCAGUUACUUCCUCAACAGUUCCAGGCCAAACCCAGCAACCUAAGAAUCUCCAUCAGCAUGUCUACUCUUCUCGUCCCGCCAGAAAUGUUAAUACCUCGUCUGCACGUGGCUCCUUUUCCGGCUUUGCGCCUGGCAUGCUGGAUCCAUUUGAUUUAGCUGGUUCAUGGGGCCCUUCACAUGUCCAACCUUCCGAACAGUCGGCCAGUGCCGGCACUCGCAUCACCACUUCCAUCAAGCGCACAAAGGCCUCAUUCUGUGUGUUUGGCCUAGAGGUCUCAGAAUGUCUCUUCUCUACACCAGUUCGAUGCGAACUGGACGAGCAUUCAAUUGCCCGAUCCAAUCGAAAGCCGAUUGAUCCGAGACCAGAGUCCAUACAGGUGAAUUCUUACUUGUGA